UAAUUGACAGCUGUCAGUGUCAAAAUUUUUAAAUAAAUUUUUUAUUGAAAAUUAAUGUUUUAGAUUACUGUUGAGAUUAUUUGUACUUCGAAAAUGGAUAUGUUCAAUAAGAUAUCGAGUAAAAUAUAUUCUCAAGUAACGAAUCAUGUUAGUACAACUAUGUCACAAUUAUCCGUGGUACUUCCUGGAAACCCAGUAACUAGAGAAUUCGAUGCAACUAGUCAUAUUGCAUCAGCAGGACCAGGGCUUAUGUGGAAAAUUUAUAGCGGAAGUAAAUUCUCAACCAAACAAGAGGCUUCAAUAUUCGUGUUUGAGAAACGACAAUUGGAAAAAUACAAUAAAGCAGACAGAGAUCUGAUAUUAGAUUCUUUGAGGAAAGGUAUUGUACAAUUGACGAAAAUAAGACAUCCUCAAGUUCUCACCGUACAACAUGCACUGGAGGAGAGUAGGGAAAGCUUAGCGUUUGCUACAGAGCCAGUUUUUGCUAGUUUGGCUAAUAUAUUCGGAAAUACCUUUAAUAUGCCACAACCGGCUAAUAUGUAUGAUUACAAAUUAUUUGACGUUGAAAUAAAAUAUGGUUUGAUGCAGUUAGCUGAAGGUUUGGCUUUUUUACAUAAUGACGUUAAAUUAUUGCACGGAAACAUAUGUCCUGAAUCUAUAGUCAUCAAUAAAUCAGGCGUUUGGAAAAUAUUUGGUUUCGACUUUUGCAUCCACAAUGCGAGCCCUCCAAAUUUGCCUGCUUCUUUCCCUUUCGAAGAUUAUAAUAUGACUUUGCCUCCGAUAUGCCGUCCUAACUUAGACUAUUUAGCCCCCGAGAGAAUUAUUGAUCAGAAACACGGCACUUUGAGCGAUAUCUUUUCUCUUGGAAUGUUGUGUUAUGCCCUACAUUCCACCGGAAAUAAGACGUUGAUGGCGGUGGAGACUAUGCAGCAAUUUCGUACAAGAGCUCAAAAGUUGAAGAAUUUGUCAGACAAUAACUUGCAGUGCCUUCCGGAGUCCCUCAGGGAACACGGGAGACUUAUGCUUAGCCCUUCGCAGUCCGAAAGACCGGAUGCCCAUCAGUUUUUGAAGAUACGCUAUUUCGAGGAUCUGGGAAUAAAAACGUUGCAAUACUUGGAUUCCCUCCUGCAGUGGGAUAACAUCCAGAAAUCUCAGUUUUACAAGAGUUUACCAGCGGCGUUACCGAAUCUACCCCAGAGGGUGAAAGUACAGAGGGUCCUGCAUUGUUUAACGAGAGAUUUGAACCAGCCGGUGAUGGUACCUUUCAUUCUUCCCAGCGUGAUGGACAUCGCCAAAAGUUGCACGAAGGAAGAAUAUUGUUCUCACGUUUUGCCGCAUUUGAAGCCCCUGAUGAAAAUAAUGGAUCCCAUUCAGGUCAUAUUGAUUUUUCUGCAAAACAUGGAGCUCCUGUUGAAGAUGACCCCGGCGGAGUCCAUCCAGCAAGACGUGCUUCCCAUGCUGUAUCGGGGGUUGGAUUGCGACGUCCCCAAAAUCCACGAAUUGUGUCUGUCGGUGCUGCCUACGUUUGCCGGACUCUUGGAUCAUGCCAACGUCAAGAAUCACCUCCUGCCGAGGAUAAAAAAAUUGUGCCUGGGCACCAAUUCGUUAUCCGUCCGCGUCAACUGUCUCUUGUGCAUCGGGGGGCUGUUGGAGCACCUCGAUAAAUGGUUGGUUAUGGACGAGGUGCUCCCGUUCAUGCCACAAAUCACCUCGAGGGAACCGGCCGUACUGAUGGGUAUAUUGGGCAUUUACAAAUUGACGUUGACCCAUAAAAAACUGGGGAUCAGUAAGGAAAUCAUCGCUUCCAGGAUAUUACCAUUUCUUAUACCGUUGUGCAUCGAGAACAGCCUGUCUUUACCCCAGUUCAACGCCCUGGUGACUCUGGUGAAGGAGAUGUUGAACGUUGUCGAAACUGAGCACCGGACCAAGUUGGAACAGUUGAACGCUGUCAAGGAUCAGCAGAAAAUUUUGAAUUCGACCAUGCCUACACCGGUUGCCGAAGGAAAAUCCCAAGAUUUGGGUCAGGCGUUCACUGGUUUGGGCCUGGAUUCUUAUGUGCCGGAACCGGUCAAAAAAGUCGAAGCCAGUGAUGUUUUCAGUGGUUUGAAUACACCGGUAGGAGUUAAAAAUGUUAAGACAGAUGUUAAAAGUGGCGAUAAGGUUGAGGUACCGGUGUUGCAGCAAUACUCGUCUGUUUCGAGUCCGGAAAGCAAGAAUAACACUUCUAUGACGUUGGAUUCGAACAAUCCUUGGGCUAACAACAAUUUCUCAUCUCAGAUCAACAAAAUCAACCCAACGAUACCCACCCUUCAGUCUAACAUAAACUAUCAAAAUCAAUACAAGCCGUCCCCUUCACCGAAUUAUAAUAUUCAACCGACAGAUGUCGUUCAACCUUUUAACACCAUGACGCAUAACAAAAAUAUGGUAAACGACACGAAUUCCUUCAUGAAUUUUCAAACGGGUCAGUACAAUAGGAAACCGACCCUAGGGAAUUGGUCGGCAUUGGAUAAUCUGUUACCGUCUUCGAAUUCCAAUCAGAAGAUACCCCUGAAUCAGAUGAUGAGCAACACACCCCUGCUACCUACCAAUAUAAGCACAAACGUGAACGUUUCGAACAGGAACAAUAAUGGGGCUGCGCUUUCGAAGGACGAGAUCAUGGAUUUAUUGAGUUGAAGAGCUGAAAAUUUGUAUUUAAUCGAAAAUAGGUUAAGCUAACCUAUUACGAGAUGAUGAACGUUGUUUUGAAGGUAUGCUUAUUGGCUUCAGCGCACUGCGGUUUGCUUAGUUAUGCAUGUUUGCGAAGUUGGCCCGGAACUUUUCGAUUCUUGAAAAAAAAAAAAAUUGUGCUGAUUCGUGCUGGGUUUUUAACCAUUUAAAUCGAAAUUUUUGUGCUGGUUUAUACAUUUAUCGAUGACUUGAUGGAUUAAAGAAAAAAUUGAGACGGUACAGAGCAGCACAAAAUUUUUUUGGGUUAAUCUAAGUUCUGUCGAAAUUAUUGAUGCUAUUUAAUUCCAUUGUCAGUAUACAGUAUUUUAAGUAAAGAAAGGACGUCUUUGGAUAUGUACAUGCACUGUUUUAUAUCCUAAAUUUUCUCAGUUUAUAUUUGAAAAGAUAUUUAAAACAAUGAAUUGUAUUACUUAAGUAAUUAUUAUCUCAUUAAGAUCUAUUCCCUCAAGGUCAUUCCAUAUGCAAAUUUGUGAUAUUUUUAGUCAAAUUGUUAAUUUUUUAUUGUUUAAUUAUGUCGUCUUAAAUUUGCUGCGUAGUUGUUGCUUAUAAUAUUUAUUUUAUUUAAUUAUUAAAAGACUGGUGUUAAGACUAUGAACUAAUAAUAAAGUAUUAAUAAAGCAA